GGCUGAGUUCCUCCCACCGACCAGCCGUCCACCUCCGCAUCUACGCAGCGGCGCUCGACACGUAUAACCUGAGGACAGGACUAACCUGCCGGGCGCUGCCAAAUCUUGACUCCGUCUCUCGGCAGCCUUGAGGUGCUGCCAUCGAAAUAAAGAUGUGGCUGUUCGUUUUCGCCAGCCUCCUCCCGUGUCUGUUGGCGUAUGAGGUGGAUUUCAAGAAACUAGAUGGCUUGGCUAAAGCGAAGGUGGAGUGGUCUGGAGCCAGUGCUGACCCUCUGCUUCCUCCUCAGGUCAAGGCCUUUGUGACCCAGGACAUCCCUCUUUACCACAAUCUGGUGAUGAAGCACAUUCCUGGGGCGGACCCUGAGCUGGUUCUUCUCAGCCACUACUACGAGGAGCUGGACCGGAUCCCCCUGUCGGACAUGACCCGCUCCGAGAUCAACGAGCUGCUCGGGUCCCUGGGGUUCUACAAGAAGGCCACGCCCGAGGAGGAGGUCCCCGAAGAGUUCCGCUUCUCUCCGGCCAAGGACAGCCCCUUUAAGGAGCCCCCCGAGUCGCAGCCCCCCCCCACCCCGAGCGCUGAGACGGAGACCCCGCCCAAGGAGGCCGACCAAGAGAAACCCCACUCUGACCUUUAACCCGGAAGCAGAGGACCUGCAACCAGGAAGUAGAGGACCAGAGCUGGUCACCGUCAUUCAGACGUCCAAACUCCCAGUCUGACCACACCUACACUCAACCCUGAUAAUGUGUUGUGUUUUUUUGUUUUAAAAAAAAAAAAUAAUUAGUGUUGUUUUAAUGAAUCUUCAGUGCACGUCGGGUGUGUUGAGGUUCCGUAUGUGUCUGCUGCUCGCGCCGCACCGGGUGUCUGGCGCCCCCCACCUGCCGCGAAACAGAAUGACGCCUCGGGCCACAAAUCGCCCGAUUGGCUCGGGGCUGAUGAUGCGUUUCCUGGUGGGUGGGGCCCCAGAUUCACCCAGGGCGUGAAAAACAGAAACGGUGGUACAGCUCCCAAUAAAAUCACCGGGUAAAAAUAAAUAAACAAAUAAAUAAAUAAAUAUUGCAAAUCUUUUUUUUUGGAAAGUAUUUUGAAUGGGUGGUUGUGCUGUGUUCUCAUAUCACUGCUAUAGGUGCACUGCAACUGAAGCAUGACUGGCGCUCAGAUACACACGUGAGUUAGCUCACACACACAACACUGUUUCACACAUACAGUCAUACAAUGUACAUCAGGAGAGCUAGCACUGAUUUGUGAAGUGGCUUCAUUAUCUAACUGGGGACUACUUUCAUACACGAGUAACUGCACCUGUAUCCUUCCACUUUUAAAAGUGCAGUCAAGUCCCGUGAAGAAAAAAAAGUAGACCAAAAAAAAUACAUGCCAGCCAUCUUUUUGGUUUCUUAAAAUGGUUUUAAUCGUUAAUUCACAUUACAAUGUGGUGUACAGAAAACAUGAUAUCUAUGACAAAAGUGUUGCGAACUGGUAUGUACAGAACCUGCUAGCUUAUGGAAGCCCUCUGGGGCUUUCUGUGAUGCAGGCACACCAAGCAUAUCUCCUUCUGGGGGGGGAAAAAAAAACUAA